AUAGUUCGAUACCUACGACCUACCAGCUGGUUACUACAAUCUGCGCAUCAUUGCAGUGUUUCAAGUGUACCCAACGAAUGAACGACAACACUUAACUAUUAUUAAAAUAUAUCGUGGAGUGUUAAAAUUGGAUAAUUACUAUAGUUAACUUAAAAACCUUCAUUAUUUAAUAAAUGUGCAAUUGAUUUUUAUAAUGAUUAUAGGUAUAUCAUGUGGAAUUCAGAAGGGAAAACACUGAAUGAAAAUAAUAGUGCACACUGUAAAACAAUAUUCAAACAAACUUUUAAAUUUACCAAAGAUAUACCAGAACAAAGAAUUUCACCUGAAGGAUUUUUAAUACGAGAUUGCGGUUGCGUCAUGAGAUUUUUACCUAAUUUAGAUAACAAAUUGAAUAAGAAUAAGUUACAGCUCGCAACCACUAACAAGAAUCAAAAUCAAAAAAACAUCAGUUAUACACACCAUCGUAAUAAUUUAAAUCAUACAAAAGUUAUUUCAGCAGAAAUGUAUCAAUCAACAUUUUGGAUGGAACCAAGAAUAGUGCCUGUUAAGUAUACUACUGAACUAAAUUUCAACUUGGAAUCACCCAUAAGAAAAUUUACAGAAACAAUUGACUUACAGAUGAAAUUAGUUGCUUGUCCAUAUAUUCAGCAAAUUGGAACUACAAAACGUUUUAAAACAUCAAUCGAGACAAAAAUCCAAUCAGAGUAUACACUACCAUUGGAUACUACUAUUUAACUUAAUAAUUGCAUAUUUAG